AUGGACUACCAGAAUCGCGUUGGCUCAAAAUUCGGUGGAGGAGGAGUCGCUGGUGCUUCAGAAACCAAUGUAGACAGAAGGGAACGUCUCAGAAAACUGGCUCUUGAGACUAUUGAUCUUGCCAAGGAUCCUUACAUUCUCCGCAACCAUCUGGGAUCACUCGAAUGUCGUCUAUGUCUAACAUUACAUACAAAUGAAGGGUCCUAUCUUGCACAUACCCAAGGGAAAAAGCAUCAGACCAACCUUGCUCGCCGUGCUGCGCGUGACGCCAAAGAUACACAACUAACCAUUGCUCCCACACAAAGCAACGUUCAACGCAAAGUGUUCCUGAAAAUUGGCCGACCUGGAUACAGAGUCACCAAAGUCCGUGACAGAGACACAGGCAAAGAAGGCAUGAUGGUUCAAGUCCACUUGCCACAAAUUAAGGAGGGUGUUUUACCCCGUCGGAGGUUUAUGAGCGCUUGGGAACAAAAGCGAGAACCUCCAAACAAAGCAUACCAGUAUCUCAUCGUUGCAGCUGAACCAUACGAAACCAUUGCAUUCCGUAUCCCCGCGCGUGAAAUUGAGGACGAGGCCGAUGAUGCUGGGUACUGGAAUUGGUCGCACUGGGACCCUGAUACAAAACAAUACAGCUUCCAGUUCAUGUUCAGACUAGCUUAUUGA